AUGGACCGUCUGGGGGAGUUUCUCCGUUCCUCAGUCCCUUCCAUCACGGAAGGCCAAGGCCUGCAGUUCAAUUCCCAAUUGGUUGAACUUGCACUGAAACUGCUCUUCACGUACGGGACGAUCUACUUGGGAUACCUCUACCUCGCGAGACGCAGAGAGGCGCCUGUGAAGUUCGACGUGCCGCUUCCGCCAGAGCUUCGACCGGACUGGGAGGCCAAGGGCUGGGACGAUGUCAAGGGGGAAGACAAGAAGAUUCUGGAGGGCCAGGUACAAGGGAAAUGGAAUCCGCAACGGAUCCUGAGCUACUGCCCUGCAGAUGGCAGAAUUCUCGGUGCUGAUGCUGGUGGAAUUCCCCUGGCAACUCCCGAGUCGGUCGACCGUGCCAUCCAAGCCGCGAAACGUGCACAGAUUGAAUGGGGGCAAACAACAUUUGCGCAAAGGAGACGGGUUCUCAAGACAAUGCUGAAGUAUAUCCUCGAACACCAAGACGAUAUCGUUACUACAUGCUGCUUGGACUCGGGAAAGACAAAAGUGGACGCGUCCUUUGGCGAGAUCCUCGUGACAGCUGAGAAGCUCAAGUGGACGAUUGACCAUGGAGAAAAAGCGCUCACCCCCGAAAAGAGGCCGACGAACUUCCUCAUGAUGUACAAGAAGAACACGGUCCGAUAUGAACCGCUGGGUGUGGUCGCCGCAUGUGUGUCGUGGAAUUACCCGUUCCAUAACCUCAUCUCCCCCGUCAUCAGUGCCCUGUUUGCUGGAAAUGCGAUCGUCGUGAAGCCGUCGGAGCACACAGCCUGGUCUGCUACCUUUUUCACCGACAUCAUUCGGGGUGCUCUGGAGAGUUGCGGCCACUCGCGCGACCUUGUCCAAUGCGUUGUCUGCUUGCCGCAGGUGGCGGAUGUGUUGACCUCUCAUCCUGACAUCUCUCAGCUGACCUUUAUCGGUUCGAGACCGGUCGCACACAAGGUCUGCGAGUCGGCUGCGAAGGCAUUGAUACCCGUCACGGUGGAACUGGGAGGGAAGGAUCCGUUCGUCGUCCUGGAUGAUCCCACCACCGUUCGAAACCUGCAGUCCAUCGCUUCGAUUCUCAUGCGAGGCGUCUUCCAGUCUGCUGGUCAGAACUGUAUCGGAGUGGAGCGUGUCAUCGCCCUUCCUGGGGUAUAUGACAAAAUUAUCGAGAUCGUCACGCCGCGUAUCAAGGCUCUCCGUCUGGGUUCCAUAUUGUUAGACUCCAAGCUGGAUCCCAGAGAUCCCAGCUAUAAACCUACCACGCCUGAUGUCGGCGCCAUGAUCUCUCCUGCGAACUUUGAUCGGCUGGAAUCUCUCAUUGAAGAUGCAGUCCGACAAGGCGCGCGACUGAUCUGCGGUGGAAAGCGAUACGCGCAUCCCAAGUAUCCCCAUGGCCACUACUUCACGCCUACCCUUCUUGUCGAUGUGACACCUUCCAUGCAAAUUGCCCAGGUCGAGCUCUUCGCCCCUGUUCUUGUGAU